AUGUCUGAAGAAGAUUUAGACAGGUGGGCGCAGGAGGGACAAAACAGAGUCAAUAUUAAUUUUACCUAUAAAUUUUUUUUUACAGAGAUGUAUUUGUCAACGAGUUGUUCAAGUUUUGAAAUGUUGGAUCCUCAUGAUCCAAUUAUAAGUCGGUUGGCGACCAAUCUCUUUAAGAAAACUAAUGACUACUUGCAAGGAGAAAUGUCAGCUGGGCAGGACCAUUAUAAUCUUCUGGAAGAGAUAAACAGAUUAACCAUCACCAAAUACACAGACCUCAGAAACCUCACCGUGAACUUAAGCAAAACUUUAAGUGAAUAUAAUGAAAUGUAUAAUACACUCAUAAAGCCACUGCUGCUACAAAUUGAUGACAUUGAUGCUCAAGUAUCACAAUUUGAGGUAAAUGCUUACCGUUUGGACAAUUACACCAAACAAUUGAAGGCACGCUUCAAGGAAUUAGAAGAAAAGUAA